AUGAUCUGUGAAGAAAACGGUCAGACCAAUGCUGCACUCGGAGAUCUAGUUCCUCAUGAUUCCUUAAAUGAACUCUGGAAAACUCCAAGCAGUAGAAAAGUCAUGGACCCACGAGAACUUCGAAAGUCAGCUCUUAUUGCUAUCAAUGAAUUUGCGACUGAAAUCGACACUUGUAUCGAAGAUAUAUGUGCUCAGGCAAGUGACCACAUUUGUACAUCUGAUGUUAUCAUAACGCAUUCACUGUCAUUGUCAUCUACACUUCGGGCUUUUUUCAAAUCAGCUCUAGUAGAUGAAGAAAUUGAUUAUGGUGAUUGCUUAUCAUCAGUGGAUGUUCUAACUGCCAUGCAGCGUGCUACCCGAGUCUUUAUCUCUGCUGCCGCUGUAUUCCCGGAUGGAUCUUGUUUGGCACCGGCAGGGUGUUUAAUGAUAUGCUUAGCAGCUAAACGACAUGCAGUACCAGUUUCAGUCUGUACUUCUUUCUACAAAUUUACCCCGUUUUUUGUAGCGGAUAUUGAUCGUAUAUACUCUUUCGGUUCUGCCACUAGUGUGAUACCUUUCACAGAAAUGGAAGAAAUGGAAGAUGCUCAGAUUGUGAAUCCUGUCUUCGAUCUGAUUUCUGCAGAGCUUAUAUUACAGUAUAUAUCACAUACGUCUACUUUCACUCCCUCUCACGUUUACCGUUUUAUUGGGGAUUAUUACUGUCGUGAUCGCAUUGAAAUGUCGUUGUAG